ACAAUCCAUGAUACAACUGAACACUGACCACAACAUUAUCAAAUUCUCGAUCAAUCGGAAAGUCCUUAAAAUUGAUCCGAACGAACACGGAACAUCAACGAGAACAUCACCGCCGCUGAAAUCUCCCAUCUCUUCUUUUCAAAUUUAUUCCCAUCUCUUUACUCCGCUCGCUCGCUCGCUCUCCAAGCCAGGCAAAUUUCGCGGGUUUACAUUUUGAGCACACUGUCCUGGAUUUUGCUUCAAAUCCGCCCUCCGAUGCACUGAUAGGUUUUUGAGUUUCUCAAAUUCACUGCUUUAUUCCCUAUCUUACAACACCGUCGCUCCAAACAUUCUCUACGGCCCAUCCCCAAAACACAACUUUGAGUCCCAUUGCGUCGCAGCUAGGGUUUAACCAGCUCAAAGUGUCUGGCCCCCUCUAAACAAAACCCUAAUUUUCAAAUUCAACUGGGUGAUUCUCUCUGAGAAUGCUUUUAUUUAGAUGGGUUUUUGAUUUCUAGGAUUCAGAGUUCCCAGGCUGGUCAAUGGGUGCCCGAACGAGCAACCGUAAGCGCGAUGGCGAGUGCUUGGGCUUUAAUCACACCUAUGCAUCUCAGAAUUCUUUAGAUUUUCACAUUUCAAAGAGACCGAGAUUCUCAUCCAUUGACAAGACCCCGGACCGACCAAUUGUAUCCUCGAACAGCACCGUUGCGAGACUUUCACGGUACCCAGAAGCAACCCCUCGGCUGGGUAGAGAAGUCCACGCCCCUUGCAGAAUACUCAAGUACGGGUUUUCCUGGACUUGUUUGAGUCGGAACUCAGGGCGGAGGACUAGCGGGGUUUAUAAAAAGGAGCCUGUUGAUGAAAUGGGCAAUAUUUUGAGUGUCAAGUACGAUAAGGCAAAGAAUAGCGCACUGCGAACGCUUCGGUACCUGACAAAGGAGAAGGAGGUGAUCGAAGUAAGUACGGAUAAUGAGAAGGGUGGAGUGUCCGAAGAUUCAAGCAUUGAGGAAGUUGAGGUCGUGGAAGGUGGCUUAGAAGGGCGGUCCGUGGCGUCGGAACACGGGGAGGUUUUUAAUGGGGCCGUGGCCAAUGUGCAGGAAUUGGAUGCCAAGGUUUUGGAUCAUGAGCUCUUGCCAUCAUCGUCUUCGGCGGCUUCACACUUGACGAAUGGGAAUUCAAGAGUGAAUGAUGCCGAGAAAAUGUUGGAUUCUCUGAAGCUGAAUUCUGGGCGGGAUAUGAGUGUCUCUGCAUUUAAGAAGUUACUUGAGUUUACGGAAAGGCGUACUCCGAAAUUGAGAAACUUGAAUUUUGAGAUUGAGUUACAUGAGGAGCGUAGGUCUAUGUUUCAACAGUUGCGUCCGGCUAAGAAACCCGUGGAGGAUUUACCGCGGGAACCUUUCCUCCCUCUUACAGAGGAGGAAGAGGCUAUGGUUGAACGUGCAUUUAACUCCACUAGGCGGUUAGUCACUCAUGAGAACUCAAAUAUUGAGAUCACGGGAGAAAUUCUGCAGUGCCUUAGACCAGGGGCAUGGUUGAAUGAUGAGGUCAUAAACGUGUACCUUGAGUUGCUGAAAGAGAGAGAAAAUAGAGAGCCGCAAAAGUUUUUAAGAUGCCAUUUCUUCAACACAUUUUUCUACAAAAAGUUGAUAAGUGGGAGGAAUGGCUAUGAUUAUAAUUCUGUCAGAAGAUGGACGAGCCAAAGGAAAUUGGGAUAUGGCCUCAUUGAGUGUGACAAAAUAUUCGUCCCUAUCCAUAGAGAGAUACAUUGGUGCUUGGCAGUUAUAAAUAGGAAAGACGAGAAGUUUCAGUAUCUUGAUUCACUAAGAGGGAUGGAUACCCAAGUGCUGAAAGUACUGGCUAGAUAUUUUGUGGAUGAAGUGAAGGAUAAGAGUGGAAAAGAUGUCAAUAUAAGUUCCUGGAAACAAGAAUUUGUUGAAGACCUUCCUGAACAGGAGAAUGGGUUUGAUUGUGGCGUGUUUAUGAUCAAAUAUGCUGACUUUUAUAGCAGAGACAUUGGCCUCUGUUUCAGCCAGGAACACAUGCCCAAUUUUCGGAAGAGGACUGCAAAGGAGAUUCUCAGAUUAAGAGCUGACUAAUUGAAAAUGUCAGCCUGCCGCUUUAGAAAUAUGCUAUUGCACCCAUUUGAAAUUAGGAAUUUAGAAAACACUACACAUCAUUUUUUUUUUUAGUAGAAAAUACUUCCCAUCAUUGAGUGAAGAGUACGAAGUCUGGACCUGGGUGAUUGCCAUGCAAUGAAUAGGAGUAUCCUGGUGUGUGCUGACUUCCUAACAUCACUGGUGGCAUGAGUCUAAAGUGGUAGCUUGUAUAUACCAUACAAGAGAGCCAAUCUUCUGAAGUGUUACUUCGCAAGCGCUAGGAUGUGUUGGUAAUUUUCACACCCAACUUCCAUUAUCUUCUUCUCUUUUUUUUCUCCCUUUCCUUUUUGCCACCUUUCCUUUUUUUUUUUUUUUUUUCCCUGCUUGGUGAGCUGAGUUAUUUUUUGCCUAUUGUUAUCAGUCUUGGAGUCGAGAUCGAUUUAUCAACGUAAUCUUAAGUUUCUGGUCCCCUACCGAAUGCUUCA